UCAAGGACAAUGGACCGAGAACAAGAGCACAGGCGACAAGAGGGAUGCGCGGAUGCGCCGUUCGGCGUCACCGACGCAAUCAAGCGGGAGGACAAGGCAGGCGGCUGAGUGCGGCGCACUCCUCGACAACGCGCCGCGCGUCCAUCCCUUGUCCUCGCAGGCGCCUCAGGGGCUCCCUUGUCCUCGUCUGCUGCGGCGCACCCCAGGACAGGGGAACAUUGCAGCGGAUGCAGCAUGCGCCUUCGCCUCGCCUUUGUGCUCCAGCGCUGCGCUGCCUCACAAGGCCCCGCCGGCUGCGGCGCCCGCUGCGUCCCUUGUGCGUCGUGCGGCGUCCGCUUGUCCUCGAGCGUCGAGGAAUCUUCUCUGCGCAGCAGCUGCCCAUCGCUGCCUGAUCCACAUAAAGAGCAGCAUGCAGUCGACCGGCUGGACGCCGCCGCCGCCGUCGUUCCACUCGCCGCAGCGCAUCAUCCGCACGCUGGCACCCAGCACGCCGACGCCGCCGCCGCGCUCCAAGUUCAGCUGGAGCACCGCCAGCGCCGCCACGCCCGACCGCAUCGCCGACCUCGAUGCCUUUACCGCCAGUGCGUUCAGCUCGCCGCACUCGAGCCCGCGCCAGCGCGCUCGCCCGUCAGAGGAGGCCUCGUUCCGCGGCUGGAGCUUCGAUGCGCCACGAUCGCUGACGCCAGAAACCCUCUCGCCCGGCCGCGACGCAGCCAUCUCGCCCAAGACCAUGGUCCCUCCGUCGUCGAGCAACGCCAGCCACCUCGCCGGCUCGCCGCUGAGCGUCGUGCCGACGAGCCGCAGCGUCUUCGUCGACUCGGACUCGGAGACCGAGGAGCUGGCUGCAACACACGAGUCGCCCCUGGCCAAGCUGCGUGCCGCUCGUGGCUUCUUCCGCUCGCCCACCAGCAGCGCCGCCGCCUCGCCGAGCUCGCGGCGCACCAGCCGUCUGCGUACCACGAGCGAGGAUGGCUACCGACCCGAGGGCCGCCUCAGCUCUCCACUUGGCUCGCGCUUCGGCAUCUCCGGUCAUGCGCGCGGCGGCUCGUCUGGCUCCUCGUUCUACUCGACGUCGUCGUCGGUCGAGAGCUCCCUCUACCACGGCCUUCGCGGCACCAAGCCUGCAGCGCCGCCGCUCCCUGCUGUCUCGAGGCCCGACGUGCGGAUGACAGGCCAGGCUGUCGGCGCUCUGGGCCUCGGCGCUCCGAUCAGCCUCGACUCCGAAGGCCGCCGCCAGUUCUCCGGCGCGCAAGUCGUCCGCCGGCCCGCCGACGCCUUCUCAUCGCGCGGCGGCCCAGCGUACAACAUGGCGCCGGUGCCGCCAAGUAAGACUCCUGUACCUCAAUCACUGUACACCUCGUCCGUCGCUGUCGCCGUCUCGCCUCGCAGCAUCAACGCUGGGCCCUUCUCGGAUCUGCUCGACGCUCCCGAUGAGGUGCGGCAGAUGCAGCAGGCCGGCAGCACUGCUUUGCCACACAAGCCGCAUCCUCUCGCCGGCCGUGCAACUGUCGGCGUGGAGGCUCCUCGCAGGCCGCAGCUGCCGGGCCCUCUUCGGCUCGCCUUCGAUCCGCGCCGUAGGCCACGAGCCCACCUCAACGCAACCGCCUCCGCCACGUCAGUCGCAUCAGCCACGCAGCCACCGACGGCCACCUCGCCGGUACUCUCGCGCUGUCCAUCGCGCAUGAUGCCUCUCCACCGCCGUCUGAUGCCCUCGGCCGUGACGAAGGCGUCGCCACCGAGCCGCCCGCGCCGACCCUCGGAGGCCGACAAGCUUGCGCAGGCCAACAAGACCGGUCCGGCACUGCGUCGCCCGAUGCGCGGCCCACUGCCGCCGCUGCCAGCUGCGAAGCCGCAGCCUACCGUGCCGCUGCCGUCGGUGCCGUCGCCGGAGCACUCGCCGUCUGCAGAGGCCGCCGACGCACCGCUGCUCGCCCAGCCUGCUCAGCUGCACCGCAAGCCGUCCAAGACGCGUGCCAUGCUGCAGGCGUUCAGCAGUCGCAACCGCUCGCACCAGCGUCCGGUGGAGCCGCAGGAGGAGCUCGAGACCCACCCGACGCCGCCGCCGACGUCCUUCACGCCUGCGCACACGCCGAGUGCCUCGCGCGAGCUCAAGCCGCUCCUGCUCGCCAUCCACGCCAGCCCAUCGGGCGCCAGCAAGACGUCCGCACUCAAGCCGAGCGCUUCGCACCUUGCACCGCCGACGCUUCGCGCCCGGCGUUUCAGCCGCAACACGGCUGGAUCGUACGGCUCGCUCUCGUCGCGCUACGACACCGAUGCAUCGCAGAACGCCUCGCCCGGCCUCUCGUCGUCGGAGGACUCGGGCGACGAGAGCGAGGCCAGCCUGAGCCUCGCCAGCCAGAACUUCCACGCCGCCAAUCCGUUCGACCUCUCGCCGCUCAUCAUCGAGGACUCCGCCCUCGAGCCCGGCUCGCCGCUGCCGACGAUCGAGACGGACGACUCGCUGGUGCACCGCGUCUCGGGCGGCCUGCGCGGCUCCAAGGAUGCGCUGCUCUUCGACGUCGCGAGCCCUACAAGCCCGCGUCCGGCAGGCACACCGGCUCGCGCCGGCUUCCUAGCUUCGCUCAGUCCCGAUCAUCGCGCGCACUACCUCGCUCGGCACGCCGCUGCAGGCGCCGGACGCACGCACCGCCAUGCGCCGUCGAGCGUCAGCGAGUCGAGCUGCGCAAGCAGCCUGGAGCACAGCUUCCUGCACCGCGAGGACUUGCUCGACGACGACGCCUCGACGCAGAGCCGCGCCUCGACGCCCGAGCUCGUCGCUUCGCAUCGCCCGAGCAUGCACCUCACCACGCCCACGCCCGCCACCGUCGCCAAGGGCUUCGGCGCCGCGCAGGCCGAGCACAAGUUGGGCCGCGAGUUCGACGAGGCGCUCAGCCGCUGGGCUCGCGCCGUCCCGACUGCUGCCUGCCCCUAGACUCUCACCUGCAGUUACUUCUCCGUCGCGUCACGCCUAAUACGACUG